CACCUAGAGAAAUUUUAAUAAUAAUAAGCUAUUGUUGACGCAACAUUUGAUUCGGAAGUCGAAAUCAUUUAUCGUUCAAUACGACCUUGACACUCGCUGAUUUCUCAAAUUGUCAACAGUAUAAAAUAUCUUCAGCACUGUAGUACGGCACAGUCAGAACAACUGCUUGGUACAAUGAGGGCUUUGGUACUUCUAGGGUUGGUAGCCCUCGUGGCUGUAGUCUCCGCUAGAGACAUGAGGGAGAAGAGAUCAGCUGAUCUUGAAGCAGCAGCGUCGGGUCACGGCUGGGACAAAGGUGGCGGUCAUGAACAUCACGAGCAUCAUCAUCAUGAGCACGGCGAAAAGGGGCAUAAAGGACACAAGGGCCACCAUGAAGACCACCACGGCAAGAAAGGUCAUCACCACCAUGAAGGACAUAAAGGCCAUCAUGGUGAACACGGAGGUCACAAGAAACAUCAUCACCAUGAUGAUGGGUACCAUCAUCACCAUGAGCACGGUGAGAAGGGUGAACACGGUCACGGUCAUGAGGAACACGGCCACUGGCACAAAGGACACGACACGAAGGGACAUCAUGGUGUCGAGAAACACGACGAAUUCAAAAAGGACAAGCACUUCCAUGAUCAUCACGGAGAGAAGGGGCAUCACGAGCACCACGGAGGUCACCACGAAGAGGGUGGUUACAAGAAGGGGGGUGAGUUCCACAAGGGUCACAAGCACGGCGGACACCAUGAGCACCAUCACGGUAAGAAGGGUCACCAUGAGAAGGGAGGACAUCACCAUGACCACAAGGGACACCACGGUGAGGGUGGUCAUCAUGAGCAUUGGCACCAUCACCACGACCACGACAAGAAGGGUGGACACGAAGACCAUAAGCACUGGGGACACAAAUCUGGGCAUUAAGGAUAUAGUACCAAUUGUUUUCUUUUUGUUAUGUUUUUACCACAAAUAAUAAAAUUUGAUUAAUUUUUGUACA